UAUUAUAUGUCACAGGGCAAAUGACUUUUUCCACCAUAUUAAGCCACACCCAACCUCCUCCCUCUAGGAUGUCCAAGUCAGCAUUCACCCCCAAAUGCCGGCCAACUUUUGUUGAUGAUCUCAUAUAGAGAUCACAGAAAACCGUCGAACCCAAUUGUGGAUUUUGAUGAUCUUUCAUAGAGAUCACCGAAAGUUCAACUCCAUGGUGGGUUAGCAGAGAAAAUUCUUGAAACCCAACUGCGUUUUUGUUCUCGAGAGAAAGAGAGAGCAGGAGAAGAGAUGAGGAGGGGGGACUGGUACAGGGAUGUGGUGUCAUUUUCAGCCAUGGUGGCUCUGGAGUGCACUAACGUGGGGCUGAACACGCUGUACAAGGCAGCCACCUUGAGGGGUUUGAACUACCAUGUCUUUGUGGUCUAUGCUUAUGGUAUUGCUGCGCUUGUUCUCCUUCCCUCACCCUUCAUUACCCACAGGAGAGGAGUUCUUCCCCCACUGAGCUUCCCCGUUCUGUGUAAAAUCUUUGUACUUGGAUUAAUUGGGUGUGCAUCUCAGACAAUGGGUUAUAGAGGCAUUAACAUCAGUUCCCCAACUCUUGCUUCUGCCAUCAGCAACCUCGUUCCAGCUUUUACUUUCAUACUUGCAGUCAUUUUCAGGAUGGAAAAGCUAGCUUUGAGAAGCUCAAGCAGCCAGGCUAAAAUCAUUGGCACCAUAGUAUCAAUAUCAGGGGCAUUUGUAGUGACUCUGUAUAAGGGGCCCCCAAUCAUAUUGACUCCAUCUCCAUCCAUUUCACUUCAUCAACCUCCUCACCCUCUGCGUUCAUCAGAAUCAAGCUGGAUUAUUGGUGCCCUUUUCCUUUCAGUCGAGUAUUUCCUGACUCCAGUUUGGUACAUUGUUCAGGCACACAUCAUAAAGGAGUACCCCUCAGAACCAACUGUGGUCUUUUUCUACAACUUAUUCGUGUCCCUUCUGGCGGCCAUUGUUGGUUUGGUCACAGAACCAAACUCAAGUGUUUGGAUAGUAAGGCCAAGAAUAGCAUUGGCUUCUAUAGUGUGCUCGGGCAUUUUCGGGUCAUUUUUAGGUAAUACUAUCCACACCUGGGCGAUACGCAUGAAGGGGCCAGUCUAUGUAGCAAUGUUCAAGCCAUUAGCGAUUAUCAUUGCAGUUACCAUGGGUGUUGCGCUCCUCGGUGAUUCUCUCUAUCUUGGAAGUGUCAUUGGCGCCACAAUCAUAACCAUGGGGUUUUACACCGUGAUGUGGGGGAAAGCACAGGAAGACAUGGUUGAGGACUGUACAAUCGGUAGCUUGGAAUCACCAUCUGCUCAAAAGGCUCCUCUAUUGCAGAACUAUAAAACGGAGGAAAUUUAGAGCAAGUAUGUGCAGAUAAUGCAAUGUUAAUACAAAUGAUUCCCUAUCUACUUCUAAAAAUGCAUACAAGGCUUACAAAA